AUGACAGUCAGUUCUGAUACUGCCGCAGCAAUUUCAUUGGGUUGGUCCGUCCAAGAUUGGAUUGACUUCCACAAGUCAUCGAGCCCUCAAGCUUCACUAAGGCUUCUUGAAUCCUUACUAGAUUCUCAGAAUGUUGCGCCAACAGAUAACGCAUGGAUAUCGCUGGCCUCACAAGAGAAUUUAUUGCACCAAUUUCAGAUUCUGAAAAGUAGAAAUAAUAAAGAAACCCUGCCUCUGUACGGUGUGCCCAUUGCUGUCAAAGACAACAUCGACGCCAGAGGCCUGCCAACGACUGCCGCCUGUCCGUCAUUUGCGUACGAGCCGGUGAAAGACUCCAAAGUCGUUGAAUUACUGAGAAACGCAGGUGCGAUUAUCCUGGGUAAAACCAAWCUAGACCAGUUUGCCACAGGCUUGGUCGGCACACGGUCUCCCUACGGGAAGACCCCUUGUGCCUUUAGCAACGAGCAUGUGUCUGGCGGUUCCUCCGCCGGUUCUGCAUCAGUGGUCGCUAGAGGUAUCGUGCCCAUCGCAUUGGGAACUGACACAGCUGGUUCCGGUAGAGUCCCAGCCGCGUUAAACAACUUGAUCGGCCUAAAACCCACGAAGGGUGUCUUUUCCUGCCAAGGUGUGGUUCCUGCCUGUAAAUCUUUAGACUGUGUUUCCAUUUUUGCGUUGAACCUUAGUGACGCUGAGCGUUGCUUCGAGAUCAUGUGUCAACCGGACCCUGAAAACGAUGAAUAUUCCAGACCCUACGUCUCCAAUCCGUUAAAAAAAUUCCCAAAUAAUGUGACCAUUGCCAUUCCAAAAAACAUUCCAUGGUAUGGGGAAACAAAAAACCCAAAGUUGUUCGCAAACGCUGUCGAAAACCUAUCAAAAACAGGCGCUAACGUCAUAGAAAUCGACUUUGAACCUCUAUUGGAGCUGGCUCGCUGUUUAUACGAAGGUACCUGGGUGGCCGAGCGUUACCAAGCUAUCCAGUCUUUCCUAGAGGGGAACCCACCAAAGGAAUCUUUGGACCCUACCGUCAUCUCGAUCAUAGAAGGUGCCAAGAAGUACAGCGCAGUAGACUGUUUCAGUUUUGAAUAUAAAAGACAAGGCAUCUUACAAAAAGUCUCGAAACUUCUCCAAUCCAUCGACGUCCUAUGUGUCCCCACAUGCCCCUUAAACCCUACCAUGCAACAAGUUGCUGAAGAACCAGUCUUAGUCAACUCGAGACAGGGAACAUGGACCAAUUUUGUCAAUUUAGCCGAUUUAGCAGCGUUAGCAGUUCCUGCAGGGUUCAGGGAUGACGGCCUACCCAACGGUGUCACUUUGAUUGGUAAGAAAUUCACAGAUUAUGCACUAUUAAACCUGGCAAACCGCUAUUUCCAGAAGGCAUUUCCAAACGAUUCAAGAAGCUGUGGUGUUUUCACAGACCGGAAGGUAAAAUCAGUAUAUGACAGUUUGAAAGGCCCUGACUACGACCCAUCUACCUCUAUAAAAUUAGCCGUUGUGGGUGCUCAUCUCAAGAACCUUCCUUUAAAUUGGCAAUUGGAGAAGGUCAAUGCAACAUAUUUAUGCACGACGAAAACUACAAAGUCGUAUCAACUUUAUGCCUUACCCAAGAACGGUCCUGUUUUAAAACCAGGUCUCAGAAGAGUUCAAAGCGACGUUGGAUCUCAAAUCGAGCUUGAAGUAUACAGUGUUCCAACGAACCAGUUUGGCGCUUUCAUAUCUAUGGUCCCUGAACCAUUAGGUAUAGGGUCUGUAGAGUUAGAAUCCGGUGAAUGGAUAAAAUCCUUCAUUUGUGAAGAGUCAGGCUAUAAAGCUGAGGGUACGGUCGACAUCACCAAGUAUGGUGGAUUUAGAGCAUAUUUCGAAAUGCUAAAGAAAGAGGAAUCCGAAAAGAAAAAGCUGUUCGAUACUGUGUUGAUUGCCAAUAGAGGUGAAAUCGCUGUUCGUAUUAUCAAGACAUUAAAAAAAAUGGGUAUCAAAUCCGUUGCUGUUUACUCCGACCCUGACAAAUAUUCCCAACAUGUCACCGAAGCUGAUAUUUCCGUACCUUUGAAUGGUACUACUGCAGCACAAACAUAUCUAGAUAUGCAAAAGAUUAUCGAUGCGGCUAAGCAAACGAACGCACAAGCCAUUAUUCCUGGCUACGGUUUCCUAUCCGAGAAUGCAGACUUUUCUGAUGCCUGUAGCAAUGCUGGCAUUACUUUCGUAGGCCCUUCUGGAGACAUUAUCAGAGGGCUGGGACUGAAACAUUCUGCCAGACAGAUUGCAGAAAAGGCCGGUGUUCCAUUAGUGCCAGGUUCUUUGCUGAUCACCUCGGUUGAAGAAGCUAAGAGAGUUGCAGCAGAAUUAGAAUACCCGGUUAUGGUCAAAUCAACUGCUGGUGGUGGUGGUAUCGGUUUGCAAAAAGUUGAUUCCGAAGAAGAUAUUGAACAUAUAUUUGAAACUGUCCAACAUCAAGGUAAAACAUUUUUUGGUGACGCUGGCGUGUUCUUAGAAAGAUUCAUUGAAAAUGCCAGACAUGUCGAAGUUCAACUUAUGGGUGAUGGUUUUGGUAAAGCGAUUGCUUUGGGUGAACGUGAUUGUUCUCUACAACGUCGUAACCAAAAGGUUAUUGAAGAAACCCCCGCUCCAAAUCUACCAGAGAAGACAAGAUUGGCAUUAAGAAAGGCAGCCGAAAGCUUGGGAUCCUUAUUGAACUACAAGUGCGCUGGUACUGUUGAAUUCAUUUAUGACGAAAAAAAGGACAAAUUUUACUUUUUAGAAGUUAAUACAAGAUUACAAGUUGAGCAUCCAAUUACAGAAAUGGUCACAGGUUUGGACUUAGUCGAAUGGAUGAUAAAAAUUGCUGCUAAUGACGCGCCAGAUUUUGAUUCCACGAAGGUCAAAGUCAGUGGUGUUUCAAUGGAAGCACGUUUAUAUGCUGAGAAUCCAUUAAAGAAUUUCAGACCUUCUCCCGGUCUAUUAGUUGAUGUGGAAUUUCCUGCUUGGGCAAGAGUAGAUACUUGGGUAAAAAAAGGUACAACCAUUUCUCCAGAAUAUGAUCCAACCUUAGCCAAGAUUAUUGUCCACGGAAAAGACCGUAACGAUGCAAUUUUUAAGUUGAACAAGGCUCUGGAAGAGACGAAAGUAUACGGCUGUGUUACUAAUAUUGACUACCUAAAAUCUAUUAUCACCUCUGACUUUUUUGCCGAAGCAAAGGUGUCAACAAAUAUUUUGAAUUCUUACCAAUAUGAACCUACCGCAAUUGAAAUCACUUUGCCUGGCGCACACACUAGUAUCCAAGAUUACCCAGGUAGAGUUGGGUACUGGAGAAUCGGUGUUCCACCCUCUGGUCCAAUGGAUGCAUAUUCAUUUAGAUUGGCAAACAAAAUUGUUGGUAAUGAUCACAGAACACCCGCUAUCGAAGUGACUUUAACCGGUCCAUCUAUCGUGUUUCAUUGUGAUACUACCAUUGCCAUUACUGGUGGUACUGCUCUAUGUUCACUAGAUGGUGAAGAGAUCUCUCAACACAAGCCAGUUGAUGUCAAGAGAGGAUCAACUCUAUCUAUUGGGAAGUUGACAAGUGGUUGUAGAGCAUACUUGGGUAUUAGGGGUGGUAUUGACGUGCCUAAAUACUUAGGCUCUUGUUCCACCUUUACUCUAGGAAAUGUUGGAGGUUAUAACGGAAGAGUACUGAAAUUAGGAGAUGUACUAUUCUUGCCUAGUGAUGGAAAAAAGAAUUCUGAAUUAGAAAAUAACACCCUUCCACAGGAUAUUCCUCAAUCAUUGAUCCCACAAAUUUCCGAAACUAAGGAAUGGAAAAUUGGUGUAACAUGUGGUCCACAUGGUUCCCCAGAUCUAUUCAAACCAGAGUCGAUUGAAGAAUUUUUUAGCGAAAAGUGGAAGGUUCAUUACAAUUCUAAUAGGUUCGGUGUCCGUUUAAUCGGUCCUAAGCCUAAAUGGGCAAGAAGUAGUGGUGGUGAAGGUGGUAUGCAUCCUUCAAACACACACGAUUAUGUUUACUCAUUGGGUGCGAUUAAUUUCACCGGUGAUGAACCGGUAAUUAUUACUUGCGAUGGUCCUUCCUUGGGUGGUUUUGUUUGUCAAGCAGUCGUUCCUGAAGCAGAAUUGUGGAAAGUCGGACAGGUCAAACCUGGUGAUUCCAUUCACUUCGUACCAUUAUCUUACGAGUCCUCCAGAUUAUUGAAAGAGUCUCAAGACGUUGCAAUUGAAUCAUUGGAUGGUUCCAAAUUAAAACGCUUAGACUCUGUAUCUAUAUUGCCUACAUUUGAGAAUCCUAUUCUUGUCCAAAUAGAAAAAAGAAGCAAUCUUUCACCAAAGGUUGUAUACAGACAAGCAGGUGAUCGUUAUGUUCUAGUGGAAUAUGGUGACAACGAAAUGAACUUUAACAUUGCCUACAGAAUAGAAUGUUUGAUUGCUCUUGUUAAGAAAAACGAAACUGUUGGUAUUGUUGAAAUGUCACAAGGUGUUAGAUCAGUCUUGAUCGAAUUUGAUGGUUAUAAAGUAACCCAAAAGGAGUUAUUGAAUAUCUUAGUAGCAUACGAGACUGAGAUUCAAUUUGAUAAAAAUUGGAAAAUUACUUCCAAUAUAAUCAGACUGCCUAUGGCGUUUGAAGAUUCUAAGACUUUGGCCUGUGUUCAAAGAUACCAAGAAACAAUCCGUUCAUCUGCUCCAUGGUUACCAAACAACGUUGACUUCAUUGCCAAUGUCAACGGUAUUUCAAGAAAAGAAGUUUAUGAUAUGUUAUACUCAGCAAGAUUCUUAGUUUUGGGUUUGGGUGAUGUUUUCUUAGGGUCACCUUGUGCUGUUCCGUUGGAUCCUCGCCACAGAUUCUUGGGAAGCAAAUACAAUCCAAGUAGAACAUACACUGAAAGAGGUGCUGUCGGUAUUGGUGGUAUGUAUAUGUGCAUAUAUGCUGCAAACAGUCCUGGUGGGUACCAAUUGGUUGGUAGAACGAUUCCUAUCUGGGACAAACUAUGUUUGGCCGCUUCGUCUGAAGUUCCAUGGUUGAUGAACCCAUUUGAUCAAAUCGAAUUCUACCCAGUUUCUGAAGAAGAUUUGGAAAAAAUGACUGAAGAUUGCGAUAACGGUGUAUACAAGGUUAACAUCGAAAAGGGCGUUUUUGAUCAUCAAGAAUAUAUGGACUGGGUCAAUGCGAAUAAAGAUUCUAUCAAGUCAUUCCAAGAAGGCCAACUUGGUGAAAGAGCUGAAGAAUUUGCCAAAUUGAUUCAAAAUGCAAACUCUGAAUUAAAAGAAGUUAGCUCUGAGAAACCUGAUGAAGAAGAACAGUACCCUGAAGGUGCAGAAAUAGUAUAUUCAGAGUAUUCCGGGCGUUUCUGGAAGUCCAUCGCAUCUGUCGGAGAUGUUAUCGAGGCAGGCCAAGGUUUACUUAUUAUUGAAGCCAUGAAGGCAGAAAUGAUAAUCUCUGCUCCCAAAUCAGGUAGAAUCCUAAAGAUUUGCCACGGAAAUGGUGAUAUGGUUGAUUCGGGUGAUGUAGUGGCUGUCUUAGAAGCCAUUGCAUAG